AUUUCAUCCAUCGAAGUUCCAACCUCCACCGACGAGACAGCACGUUAAAGCGUUCCUUCCUCUUUGGCCUUGUUCAGAUCGAAUGUCGGGAAUUGAAGUGGCCGGCCUUGUGCUGGGAGGCUUUCCUGUCCUUCUGGAAUGCCUCAGCUUCUAUCGCAAGAGUUUUGAGCCGCUCGAAGAAUGGUGGAAUUUCCGGACCCAUUUCAUCGCCUUCGUCGACGACAUUAGGCACCAGACGAUGCGGUACAACGAGAACCUUAUCCGGCUGCUGGACCCGAUUGUCACAAACAAUGAAGACCUGCUGAAGUUGGUUGCUGAUCCAGCUGAUCCGCGCUGGAAAGACGGCAGCCUUGAUGGGCCCCUGGAGCAGCGCUUAUCGAGCGAGCUAGACAGAUUCCUUCGCAUCGUCAGCAGGAUGAAGAGUGUGAUGGACGACCUGAACAAGCUCCUUCAGAUCGAGAAUGGAAAGGUUUCCUGGCAGCAACCGCAGCAAUCGUGGCAGUGGCAGUAUAAAAGGCUCCAACUUAGCUUCUCCAAAGGGAAACACAAGAAAGUGAAGAAGCUAGCAGCCCAUAACCAAGAGCUCCAAGACAUCUUGGGAUACAGCGAGCGGCUGAUUCCGAUAUCGGAUCGAAGGCAGGCGUCUGGGCCCGUUGAGAGCUUCGAAAAGAUGCGGAAACAUGCCUGUUUAAUCCACAGGGUCCUUCGCCAGCAGUGGAACUGUCGAGUAAACACUCACUGCCAUGAAGCUCAUCUCAAGCUGGAAGUCCUCGUCGAACCAUCAAAGACUAACAAUCUCAGCGUGCUGUUCAAGGUCGACAAUUCUGGGAACCCAAUCCAAGAGGUUGUGAUUCGCGCGAAAGUAUUAAACCCCACAGCUGCCAGAGCUGGGCUACAGAUCAAGCAGUCGACAUCCGCACUCGAGUUACAAUCAAGCGAGAUGACUUCGGCGCAAGUGGCGUCUGUUCAUCAAUCGACGCCCCUUAAGUCAGUUCAAGAAGCAAUGCUUCAGAAGGACAACAAGCGAAGCCUUCUGGACCGGAUGUCGCAAAAGCUUUUGAAGCAGUCUUCAACUAAUCAGUCUGCAAAACGAAAGGUCAUGUUUGACUCAACGUCAACGAUCUCGAUCUCAGUCACUCCCGCCGUGGAGUCAUCAGUGGAGCUGCAAGCUGUUCCUGGACCCGAAGAUGACAGCCAACAACAGUCCAUAGUCUCAGAUCUCUGCGCAUUUCUUUGUGAGCAUGGAACUCUGAGGGGUAUGCUCCGAGACGAAUUCGACCGGCACCUAGAGCUCUCCAAGCUCCCACGGCGCCGUCAGGCUCCAUCCCAAGCGGGCCAGUCACUGAAGCUGCUGACACUCCCUGAGCUUCUAAAAGCAUAUCACGAAGCCCAAAUCGACGUCCCCAGACAACGCCGGUUUGAGAUCGCCGCCCAUAUUGCGUCAGCGCUUCUCCAGACGCACUCGUCGCCAUGGCUUCCCACCACUUGGUCAAAGGAAAGAUUCAUGUUCCUCGCAGAUGCUACGAACUCGUUGGCCCUGUGCAGCAGCCACCCCUUUGUGGCGCAAGACUUCUCACUCACCCCAACGGAUGUGGACGCGAUAGAGGAUGAAAACAACUUACACCUACUACACACUCUCGCCUCUUGCAAUCCCUUGCAACAAGCCGCUGAGGAAUCAACGCGGGCUUGCCUCUUCACUAUGGGCGUGAUGAUCUUAGAACUCAUAUUCGGCCACAACAUCGAAGACUGCACAUUCCGCAAGGACUACUACGGCAAGGACAACAAGCCGAACGACCAAACCGACAUUAGCACUGCGAGGAAGUGGGCUAAGAAGGUACUUGGAGAAAGCGGGGCCAACAUCUCGGACGUUGUGAGGCGAUGCUUAGACUGCUCCUUCGGGCCAAGGCCGAGCUUCGCAGACGUUAGGUUCAGGGAGUCCGUGUACGAGGGCGUGAUCAAGCCCUUGGCGGCAUAUUCAAGGGUAUGGCCUGAAGCCAUGCCAUGAUGGCGGCGUACUGUGAGGUAAUGAGUGGUGUUAAAUGAAACACGCCC